AUGAUUAUAAAGUGCUCCCUUGUUAUAUUACUGUUAAUCAUAUUGACUACCAAUGCUCAACCUGAAUGGUGGAAUGAGAGAGUGGCCCAAGGUCGACUGUUGUCUGCUGCAUCAGAGCCUGUACAAUACUUGAUGCCAAGUGUUGGCAAUGGUUACGUGUCAUUUGUCAUUGGUGGUCCGGCAAUCUACAUCGCCGGUGUCUAUAAUGGCCCUGCAGUAUCGUUCGCCUCACCAAGCCAUCGUGCUCAACUGCCCAACUUCCAAAACAUCAGUCUUGGCAGUGGUGCCACUCUUCAAUAUGCAGGAUUGGACAUUGACAAUGCUACUUAUAGUCGCGUCUACACCUUCCCCAACAGCCCAACCACCACGGCCACACAGAUGUUCUACGCCCAUCAGACCAUGCGCAAUGUACUCGUGCAACACAUCAUCGUCGACAACACUGGCAGCGACACAGUCUUCAACCUUGAGCUAAACUACCUAAACUACAUGGAGACAAACGACCUCAACAUUCAAAAGAUCGAGUCAAACUCAUUGAUCACACAGUACAAUGCUACAAUCCUCAUGCCAGAGUUGCCCAAUGGCUUCAUCACAGCCGUGGGCAUCACAACCAGCACAGUGCCCGAGAUGGUAACAGUGGCUGCAGGUGCAGCGACCACGUUCUACUUCGUGACAUCGUUCGUGACAAACUUGGAGACGUCGGACUACAUGUCUGAAUGCGCCGCAAUCUACAAACAGGCAUACUCUGCCACUGACUCGCUGCUGAACACCCACAUCAAUGCUUGGUCGGGAAUAUGGGAGUCGCGCAUUGAGAUUGGUGGCAACAUCGACUUGGCGCGCACAGUCAACGCGUCUUUGUAUUACACUCUGUCAUCCGUUCGCCAAGACUGGCCAUGGAGCAUAUCUCCUGGUGGUCUGUCGUCAAACGGCUACAAUGGACAUGUUUUCUGGGAUGCCGAGACCUGGAUGUAUCCAACCAUACUCCUGUUGCAACCUACAAUCGCCAGGGAUUCAAUCAUACAGUAUCGUCUGAACAAUCUGGAGCAGGCACAUCAGAAGGCUUUGGGCUUCAAUCAGGGCUGGACUGGAUACAUGUUCCCAUGGGAGUCUGCGUUCACUGGUGCCGAGGGAUGUCCCGAGGACUACCCCGAGGGCAUGCUCGAGCAUCAUAUCACGGGAGACAUCUCAUUCGCCUGGCAACAGUACUAUCGCAUGACCAACGACAAGCAGUGGCUGCAGGAGGGUGGCGGCUACCAGGCGAUCAAAGGUGUGGCCGAGUUCUGGGCCAGCAGGGCAUCUUUGGCCAUUGGCGCCACUCCCUCACAGCCUUCGUACGAGAUUGAUAUUGUCAUCCCUCCCGACGAGUACGUGAAUGGCUUUGUCAACAACUCGGUCUACACCAACGCAGUGGCGCAGAUGGCCUUGGAGUGGGCGAUUGAAGCCGCGACAAUUGUCAACGACACAACCGCGCCAACAGAUCAAUGGCGCACAAUCGCACAGAACUUGGUCAUGCUGUACAACGAGACGUUGGACAUCCAUCCCGAGUAUGAGUACUACGACGGCGACACUGUCAAGCAGGCCGAUGUCAUCCUGCUUGGCUUCCCGCUGAUGUACAACAUGUCACUGCAGACGCGUGCCAGUGACCUGGCCUACUACCAGGAGAGGACUACUCAGUACGGCCCAGCAAUGACAUACUCAAUGUUUACGAUUGGCUGGCUGGAGGUGGGCGACAUGGCGGCUGCAACCAAGAGCUGGUCGUCCUCCUACUCCAACUCGCAGGCUCCAUUUGGAGUGUGGACGGAGACCCCCGAGGGCGGAACCGUCAACUUCAUCACUGGCGCAGGUGGAUUCCUCCAGGCGGUGGCGUUUGGAUUCAGUGGUCUUAGGAUCAGACCUCAGCAACUGGACUUUAACCCACAAUUGCCACCAGAUACAGAGAGCAUCAAGUUGGCGGCACUCAACUAUCUGGGUUGCAAGUUGGAUGUAUUCUGGAAUGAAUCAAGUAUUGUGAUCGAACUUAAAUCACAGAGCAACCAAGAUAUCACACUUGGACUGUUUGUGGAAGGUCAACUCAAGGCACUCACACAAGGUGUACCUGUCACCCUGACCAAGGUGACUCCAUUCUCAAUAAUGUCCAUGUCAUAA